GACGGUGGCCGGCGGAGGCCCGGGCCUGAGUGUGUCCGCGGAGAGAGCCGGCGGCGAUCGGAACCUCCCCGGCCCUACGGCAGCCCCACCUCAACCCCCGCUGACCUUGGGGCCCAGGGACUCCCCUGCCUGCGCAAGUUUGUCCGCCCCGGCCCCCGGAACUGGAGAAGCCCGGCCUGGGGUCAGGAUGUUCCAGAGCCUCGUGAAGAACGUCUGGGUCCCCAUGAAGCCCUACUACACCCAGGUUUACCAGGAGAUCUGGGUGGGAAUGGGGCUGAUGAGCUUCAUCAUUUACAAAAUCAGGAGCGCUGAUAAAAGAAGUAAAGCCUUGAAAGGUUCGAGCCCCGCCCCUGCUCACGGCCACCACUAAGCAGCUGGACCUGAGUGCGCAGCGCCUGGAGCGUGGCUGGGCUGUGUGUCGGAGCUGUGUCCGGCGGGGAGGCGGCACGCUCUGUUGUAAAAGCUCCGCUUCCUUGCUGGCUGAAUAAAUGCCCCUGUGAGACA